AUGGAGCAAGUGUCGGUCAGUUCCAGACCGCCCAACCGGUUGACUCGACAACGGCGAAAGGCGCGGGGGAAGGGCAACCGAGGAGAUCAGUUCUGCAUAUACCGGACCUCUGACGAUCAAAAUAUUCCUGCCGUUGCGAUCGAGUACAAGGCUCCACAUAAGUUGAGACGCGAUGAGAUCGUUACUGGGCUGGUCUCGGAGAUCCAGCCAGAUCGUGAUGUGAUCAACCAGGAGGGCGAGGGAUAUGAAUUCGCAGCCAGGCGACUUGCCACUGCAGUCGUGACCCAGCUCUUCUCCUACAUGAUAGGUAAAGGGAUCCAGUAUGGAUACAUCGACACCGGGGAGGCAUAUGUUUUCCUCCGCAUCCCGGACGACCCUUCCUGUGUCUACUACUCCGUCUGCGUGCCAAGCCUAGACGUCCAAGAUGAUGACGAGACUCGGCUCCAUCGCACUGCUGUUGCGCAAGCCUUUGCCUUUGUGCUUCAGGCCAUCCGAUCGCCGCCACCCUGUCAAGCCUGGCAUGAUGCUGCUGAGCAUCUCAAUACAUGGGCCGUGGAGUACGAGGACGUAUUGCGAAGCAUCCCGGAAACAGAUCGGAAGCCGCGACGCGAGACUACUUACAAAGCGCAACGGUGGAAAGGGUUUGUACGCUCUCCAAUCCGGACACGCUCCCGAUGCUUGCCACCUCAGGACGGGGCGCAGCAACCCAGCGACGAUGAUGACGAGAGUCCAAGCCCAACGCCAAACCUAGGUCGUAGUCGCCGAGGUGCCUCGACCACUACAUCAACAGGCGUCGGAUCGAGCGAGAUGCAGGGGCACGAUGGAAACGCAGCCUCGCAGGAGGGCACCAACGUGCGACCAAACAUCCAAGGUCGACUGUACUGCACGCAUGAGUGUCUCCGUGGGCUCGCGUUUGGUGACCCAAUGGACAAAGAAUGCCCCAACUUGGCGGAUCAUGGAAAUGCGCACAUCAACCAGCUCGAGUUUCUUCAACUGGCACGGGAUCAACUAGCAGUUGAUCGCGGAAAGGAUGCUGAUUGCGUGCCGCUCUACUUGUCUGGUUCACGUGGCUCACUCUUCAAAUUCUGCCUCUCGUCGCAUGGCUACACACUUGUGGCGAAAGGGGUAGAGGCAAUGGAUGCUGAGCAUCUACUCUACGAGAACAAGAUAUACAAUCAUCUCCGGAACCUUCAGGGGAAGUUCGUUCCGGUCUGCCUCGGUGUUGUUGACCUCAUCAAGCCCUAUUACUUCAACAGCGGCGUGUACGAAGACUUCAUGUUCCUCAGUUAUGGCGGGCGACCAGUGUUGAAAGGAUUGAGAGAAGUCAAUACGGAUAUCGUCAAGGAGAUUCUUACGGCACUCGGUCAAUUACAUCAGCAUGGAGUCCUCCAUCGCGAUGCUGAACCACGCAACGUGCUCUACGAUAAACGCACUGGCAGAUACAUGAUUGUGGAUUUGAUGCUGGCGGAACUCCGUACUCGACAACCUCUCGGACCCGUGAACGUGAACCGACGAAAUCAGAAGAGGAAAUGGUUGUCAGGAAAGCAUGAGAAGGACGUUUUUGUUGCUGAGGCGCAGUCUUUGCGGGCGAGUCUGACGCAAUAG